UAUUUCAACAAAACACACAAAUCUCUGAAACAAUUAUAUCAGCAUAAUAAGCACACGGAUUAUCCCUUUAAUGCAAUCGGAAACAUGGGUUUGGAGGACACCGAGCUUACACUGGGACCGCCAGGUGGCGGUGGCCGCGGCGACAGAGCUGCUUCGAUGUCGCCGGCAGCGGCGGUUCCCGGUGGGUUUAGUUGUAUGAAGAGCAGCUUGUCGACCAAUAUUAAUAAACGUGGGUUUGUGGAGCCUGGUAACGACGUUGACUUUGACCUGCUCAGAUCCAAUGGUGAGGCGACAGCUGGCGAAACUCGUGUGGACGAUAAGUUGGAAGCUGAUGCUACUUCCUGUAUGGUUGGGGAAGCCCCUGCUGCAAAGGCUCAGAUGAUCGGAUGGCCGCCGGUGAGAUCAUUCCGAAAGAAGGUCUUGGCGGCGGCCGAGAGCUGCAAGUAUGUUAAGGUGGCUGCAGAUGGUGCACCAUACUUGCGUAAAGUUGACCUAGAGAUGUACAAUGGUUACAAGGAGCUUUUGAUAGCCUUGCAGGAGAUGUUUACUUGUUUCAACAUCCGGGGGAACUGUGACGAAAGAAAGCUUGUUAAGCCAGUGAAAGGAAUUGAAUAUGUGCCAACUUAUGAGGACAAGGAUGGCGACUUGAUGUUAGUUGGAGAUGUUCCUUGGAAAAUGUUCACAGAAUCAUGCAAGCGUAUAAGGCUGAUGAAAAGUUCAGAGGCUGUUGGAUUAGCUCCGACACCAUACAACUCCAGAUCAUACACAAGCACGAAUUAAGACACAAAUCAACUGAAAUUGGAGAGACUCCAUGAAUGUAAAUAUAGUAGCUUAAAUUAGGUGUAGAGUUUGCUUUUUGUUUAAAGAUAAAUGAGUAAUCGAAAAAGGUGUGAGGGUCUUUUUAGUGGGACUCGAAUUCAGAGCAUCCUCAUCGUGUCCUACUACUACUAGACUACGCCUGUAUGGCUUAGUCAAGCAUAAUGAAACGUCUUUGUUAAAUAUCAGUAUGAAUUAAUAAGAAAGAAGCCAUUAGAUGAUUGUAC